GCCUGGUUCGGAGACGGACGGAGACUGGGAACGGGGGAGUGUGAGCAGGAACGGCACGGUGAGCGGCUCCGGCAUCCCACCAUCAAACAGCAGCGGCGGGGAGGGGGGGAGGGGGGAAGGGCGGACGGAGAGGAGGAGAAACCGGGCCUCCACCUCCUCCCCAGAGCGACGCUCGGAGGCCAAGCGGCAGCGGUGGGAGAGGAAUAAGCCCACUUCCUCCAAUCAAGUGAAUCAAGUGACUAGGAAUUUCCUGCAGUGUGGCUUAUCUUUUGGGAGUGAAACAACUUUUGUGUGGAUUACAAACUUUAUUGAUACCUGGUGGAGGAGUGAUUGAACACAAUGACGUCAGAGCUGGAGAGCAGCCUGACGUCCAUGGAUUGGCUGCCACAGUUGACAAUGAGGGCAGCCAUUCAGAAAGCAGAUGCUGCCCAGAAUGUGGCUGGUGGUGGGAUUGCAAAGAAAACCCCACUUCUGGACCCAAACACUACCCUGGACCAGGAUGCACAAAACAAAGAUGGGAAACCACCAUACAGUUAUGCCAGCCUCAUUACGUUUGCUAUCAACAGCUCUCCGAAAAAGAAGAUGACGCUCAGUGAGAUUUAUCAGUGGAUAUGUGACAACUUUCCGUAUUAUAGAGAAGCUGGCAGUGGCUGGAAGAACUCCAUUCGACACAAUUUAUCAUUAAAUAAAUGUUUCCUGAAAGUGCCUCGGUCCAAGGAUGAUCCAGGCAAGGGUUCGUACUGGGCCAUUGACACUAAUCCAAAGGAGGAUACACUGCCCACACGGCCAAAGAAGAGGCCGCGAUCAGGAGAAAGGGCCUCAACACCUUACAGCCUGGAUUCCGAGCCUUUAGGAAUGGACUGCAUCAUCUCUGGAAGUGCCUCUCCAACCUUGGCAAUUAACACUGUGACUAACAAAGUAACACUAUAUAAUCCGGAUCAGGAUGGAAGUGAUAGCCCUCGCAGCAGCCUUAACAACAGCCUGUCUGAUGCAAGUCUAGCCUCUGUCAACCUGAAUAAUGUUGGCUCUGUCCACAAUUACGCACAGGUGACAAACCGGGUUGAUUCAGUUCCCCAGAGUCUAACACCACAGCAACAGCAAUACAACAUGCCUGAGAGGGACACAAAGCCACCCUUCUCAGAAUACAACUUUGAAGAUCUGAGUGCCUCCUUCCGUAGCCUUUAUAAAUCAGUCUUUGAGCAGUCCCUCAGCCAGCAGGGAAUGAUUAAUCUGCCUUCUGAGGCAUCGCAGCCAACCCACACAUCCUGUUCCUACCAGCAUUCUCCCAGCAGUACUGUCAGCACCCAUCCGCACAGCGGACAGAACAGCCUGGCCAACAGCCACGCCAGCAGCCUCGGAGGCGGUGGGGGAGGGACACAAGUGCAACUGGCACAACAUCAGAUCCACGCACAACACACUCACCACCAGCACCAUCAGCACCAACAUCCGCAGCACCAGCCAAACCAGCAACACCAUCAGCAGCAGCACCACCAUCACCAACAGCAGCACAUGGCCUGCAAUAUCGGCAUUCCUUCUGAUUGGUGCAUGAAUCUGGACACUCUGAAGGAGAGUUUCCGUAUUGCUAGCAGUUUCAACUGGUCUGAUGUGGAUCUCUCUCAGUUUCAAGGUCUGAUGGAGAGUAUGAAACAGGCGGAUCUCAAUAACUGGUCACUCGAUCCUGUUCAGUUUGCGGACUUGUGCUCUUCCCUAAACCAGUUCUUCACACAAACUGGUCUGAUCCAGUCACAAGGGAACAUGCCGCCCUCGGUUUGUCACAGCACAAUGCAUUCGCAGAAACCAAACCAGCACAUCAGUACAGGAAGCUUGUACAUUGACUCCAGACAAAACCUUCCUGCUUCAAUGAUGGGACCCCCUGGGUACCCCCAUCUCCCACCUCUCAGUACCCCAGGACCAGCCAUGACAGCAGGGCACCAUGCAGGAAUGAACCAGCAGCACAUGAUGUCACCUUCCAGCUUCCAAAUGCACAGACCGAUGUCUCAACAUCACAACCCUGCAGAUGACAUCCAGGAUGACUUUGACUGGGAUUCCAUUGUUUAACUCUUCUUCCUAAGGACAAGUCUGUCGGAAGCUCUUCCUGUCAGUGUGACUCAGAUGUUCUUUUAGCUUCUUGCUUACUUGUGUUGGCCGAUGCUGGCCACAAUUGCUGGACUGCUGCCUGGACACAGCCCCACCGUGACUGUGCUAGAGAGCUGUACUUUUAGGGGGAGGGGGGAGAAAACACGCCUUCUGCUUGCAGUCACUACAGAAAUGUGGAAUUACCUGUCGGCCGCUCAGCAGUGGCACAAUGGUAACAAGCAAUGAAGCAUUUUCUAAUUCUGAACAUAAUUUUCUUUUGCUUUUGUUUUUUUUAAACCGAAAGGACAUGUUGAGGGUUGGUAUCUGAGCAAUGCUCAUCUAAGUGAUGUAGUAUAGCUACGAUCUGAGAUUGCAUAGGAUGGUACUAUUUAGUGCAGUUUUUCUCUCCUGUGCGUGACUUCAUUUGGGGGAGCGUUCCAGUAAGAGGGAACAAACAUAGAUAGGGGUCAAGGAAGCUGGCUUCUAGAUGGCCUUUCCCUGGAGUAGGCCAAGAAUGCAGUCAUGAGCUGGGAGAGGCAUCUUUUACAAAAUGAGUUUCUUUUGAGACAAUUUAGUCUAUAUAUGGUGCUGCAAAAAAAAACUCAUUUUUUUUUUGUUGAAAAUCCAGUUGCUGUACCAGGAUUAGUAUUGGAAUCAAUACUAGAGUACCUGGGGGAGAACUUUCUACCGCUCCAAAGAUUGCGUUGCUACAGCUUAACUUUGGAUCCCCAGCCUUUGUGCACACAACACCAGCUUCCAAAUCUGAACUGUAGGGAUUCUUCCCAGAAAUUCUGCCUGGAUGCCUGUUAAUAAAGCUACUACGUCUCAAGAAGGUAGCAUUAUAUUUGGGGUUUGCAGGUAUCAAGUACAAAGUGCUGACAUGGUAUUGGUUAGUACCCCUGAGGUAAAUGUAUUUUGGUGAUGAGAAAAGAAGCCUGUCUCUCUCAUUGAGUGGUAGUGACUGUAAUCAAGAGAAACCUCCCAGGAUAAACUUUUAGCAAAUUCUGGUGAGUUUCAUAGUCUCCAAUUGUCUCACAUGCCAUAAUGCAAAGCAAUGGAAUACGGAUUGCAGAACUUGCAAGUAGUUCAAUCUUAUGAAAUAUUGACCAUUGCCUUUUGCUUAACCAAAAGUUAUGUGAUCAUAGUAGGAGCUAAUCUGGUUAUUGCCUUUCUCUCUCCUUUUGGCCAUUGUGGAAAAGGCUGCAAUGCAGCAUUUCCUUUUUGUGAAGUGCUGCAGGGGAAGCAUGUUAACUAAUGCUGCAUUUGUCAGCCAUGCAUGUUUAGUGGUGGAUAAAUGAGAGUUUCAUUAUAGAAAUCCCAGUCUGCUUUUAAUACCUGUAUUGCAUCUUUUUUGAUUUUGUUUUUAAGUAAUUGACAAGGAUGGGUUUUUUUAAAUAUGCACUUUCUGGAGCAGUGCCUACUUGAUUAUUCCCCUUUUUUAAAACAAAUCAAUUCGCUCCUUCAGUUGUGCUUUCAGAUUGCUGUACUGAUGUGUGAAUGCACAACCUUUUUCAGUGUUUACAAUUUAAAUUGUGAUUCAAGUCAAACCCCUGCUUGUAAUACACUGGGACUCCAAGGCCCCAUUCCUGAGUCAUUUGAUGGAUCUUUCCUAGCAGAGCUUCUGCUUUUACUGAUGCACAGUGUCCUCUUCCAGCUUCUCUUUCAAAUCCAGUUGCCUCAUUUGCAUAUGGGACUCGAGUUAAAUAAUUGGUUCAGUGUGUUUUUAUGCUGUUAUAUUUUGUGUGCAUUCUGAUUUAGGAUUUAAUGGUGUCAAAAUACAUAAGCUCAGUACAUUUCCAAUUGGCUUCUGUCACCAAAAGCUUCGGGGAUACACUAGUUGCAAUCUAGUAACAAAAAUCUUAUACUAAAAUUUUGAUUUAUUCAAUCUCUAUGUAUCUAACAAGAUGGAGAACUUCUGCAAUUCACAAAUAACUUGUGCAGUAAGACCACUAAGCUAGGCCACUAAGACUUGAAUUUUUGUUUUGCUCUAAGUCAAGAUAUCAAACUGCGCAUCCUCUGAUCUAUACGAUGGAACUUGAGCCAUGAAUGCUUCCUUCAAUCUUUAGAAGAGCUAUGACUCCAUAGAAACCAUUGUGGAACAAUUCAAUUCAUAGCAUUUAAAAGCAUAUUCCAAGUUUACAAUGGUAAUGAAUUCUGAACAGAGACAAAUUUUACAGCUGUGGCCUAAAAAAGGGAUUUACAUGCAAAUUGUCUUGUCAGCUGAACCAUCCCACACAGCAAAAUAAACCAUGCAAUUGUUUGUGCUGCUUGAGUGAGUUGCCAGGGUACUGAUUUUUUUUUUUGUCUGUGCUUUCUUGCUAUUUCUAAAUUCCUGUCUUAUUCCAUUUCCUAAACUCCUCCUUUGUAAUGGUUUAAAUACUCUUUGCAUUUCUCUUCCUUGAAAACAAUCUGCGGGUUUUGUUUGUUGUACAGGGCAGUUCUAUAAGUGUUCCUUAACUCUUGCUUCAGCUCUACUGGUUUUCGCCUGCUGCUUUUCCUCUUCAAUAUUUGCUCCUGUACCAGUGACAUGAAAGGAACAUUACUGUGCAGCUCAAAAGGUUAGGUAUGAGAUUUUUAUUUGGUUAACAUAUACAAGAGAGUUAACCAAUCAGCUGUCACUCAAUAAAAUAUACAUACAUUUUAAAUUCAGUGAGGGUUUUAACUCUCCCAUAUGCCAGCUGACCGAUAGUUUGCAGUUUCUUGAGUUAUACCUUGUAUAGGUCAACAAUAUGCCUUCUAUAUAAUUAGAGAUCAGUUGUGAUCGCUUAAAAGCUUAACCCCUCCCCAUUUGACUACAGAAUUAGCAGUAAUAACGCAAACUAGAAUGCUAGAAAUGCAUAGCAAAUUCAUCAGAAUCUAAAAGAAAAAUAAGUUCAUGUUCCAAUUGUGAUCUUUUAUCAGAUUCCUGAUGAAACUUCUCUUUCUAAAACUGAUCUCACUCUGAUGGAUGAUCUGCUUGACCAGUCUUUGUUUCAUAUGCUGACCCUUCACAAUGUAGUUAAGAUAUCAUUGCUUUUUACUUGAUUCCUACACUAAUACUUGAUUAACUAAACCAAGUAGUUUGAUUAUUAAACACAUUGCAAAAAUUACAUUUCCUUGAGCUCAUGCAGCGUCAUGGGUGAAUUGGUUUAUCCUUAGUUGUGUCUUGAACUGCUUCUGAAAGUGCUGUUUAAUAUAAGUAUAUGUCCAUUGCUACAUAAGCCCACUAGUACCUUAUCCAAUUGGGCACCACCUCUGAAUCAAGACAGAAAGCUGGCAGGCUACAUUCUGUUGAGGGCCAUCACAGCUGACUGAUAAUUCCCCUCUCAACAUCUCCCCACUGCACGCAUACAUGCACUUUGCUACAGAGGUUACUGGAUAACGAUCAGGUGCAAAAAUCUGAUUUUUCUUUUCCUAGCUUCGGGACAAAGAGCAGUUGUAGCAUCUCGAUUGCUCCCCCAGAAAGAUCAGCUGAGAUUUUCAUGGGGCAGGGAAGUGCAGGAAUAAUGUUAAACUGAGCCAUUUUUCAAGUACAACUGCAACACAGUAUCCAAAAAAUAGCAUUUGAGCCCCAAAUGUAUUGGUGUUUGUAUUUUAGUUUCUUGGGAAGGUUACAGAGAUUUCAGUGAAGGGUAAAAACAGAGUAAAAGGUGAUACUGCUAGAGUAAACUGUAGAUUCCGCUAUAGUAUGGUAAAAUAAUGCUGAAAAGGAGAGGUCAACUUGUGCACUUUUUGUAUUUAAAGUUAAUGAAGUUUCUGGGGAAAACAAUUAAUGUAAGUGUUUGCAUUACAAAGGUCAAUAGACAUCCCCCUUUUUUUGCUAAUAUAUAAGCUAAAUUUAUGGUAUUAAAAAUAUAUUGCACAAAACUUGCAUUUAUCCCUUUAUGCUGCUUGGUCUUGUUCCCUAUAUUGUCAAGUUUUUAAUAUUGAAAAGCUAAUACUCUACAACAGAGGGCAAAGAGAGUAGUGAAGAAGUUCUAAUUAUACCUUCAUGAUAGAGCUUGUAUCAGACUGAAGCUUAAACCUCACUUCAAGGAGAUGUCAUUUUUUUAAACAGCUCACUCUGAAAACAAUCCUUUGCCAAAGAUUCUUAAGCCAUGACCUGGUUUAUGGAUAAACCUAGGUUGAAAUAUUGCUGUGCACAUUUCACAAUUUAGUCUUUGCUGUUAUCUUGAAUACAUGAAAAUUUUGAUAGAAUGUUUUAUAUCAUGGUGCUAAUAAUAUGCUCAAAAUACACUGUGGGAGAAAGCAACAGCACCACCCAGUGAAGGAUUGUUUAUUGCAGCCCUAGUUUUGAGGAAAAAUUCUAGUUGCCUUUGUGAGUAUGCUAUUGAAAAGCAAGCACACUGGUUAAUUUCCAGAAAUGUAACUUAUUUAAUAUUUCACCACUUUAUACGUAAUGUAAAUUUACUUCAGAUUUUACAUGUAGUCUUUGAAAGUUAGGCAGUUAAGAAUAUUUGGCAUGACAUUAGGAGAGGUCUGAGCAGACACCCAGUUAAUUAUAUUGGAAAAGAUUUGUUCAGCUUCUUGUGAAAUUUUAGCCCACCAGAAAUGUGCGCAAUUUAUGUUUGCAACGCAUUCACUUGAUUAAAAUUUGCUUUGUUUUUUUCCUGAAUGCUGUGCAGUUCCAUUUUGAAAUGCACUGAAUCAGACACAAUUGAUAUGUCUAAAUUGAGGGGGUUUCAAUUAUAAAAUGAUGUUAACCAGAAUCUUGUUGCCUGCUCCUGCAAAUUGAAGUUCAGGAUUGUAGUGAAUUGUUCUCAGGUGUUGGCUAGUAGUGGGUGCUGUGGCUAUAGCUAGCUGUGCAGGCUUAUUCAAAAGGUUUUCUUGACUGCUAUUUCUCCCAUGACUGAGGCCAAAAUCUAUGAAAUGUCAAACACAAAUUAGUGGCUACAUACACCAACUUGGAAUACAAAUUGCAUUUGUUGAUACAGAGGUGGCAAAAAUGCAUCACUUUCAGAUGUUGACCUGCACUAUUUUAAGGAAAUCUUUCUGAAGCUAGCAUGAAUUAAUGGUUAGUUAUUUGGGAAUAUAUUAAACAUUAGUUGGUACCUAUCAUUUUGCUGCCUUUUCACACUGUCAUUUGGACUCUACAGUCUAAAAAUCUUUGACUCUGACAUUCAUUCUCUGUUUCUAAUAUGCAGCAAUGCAAAAUCAAGUCCUUUAGCUCUCAGUUCCUACCUCUAAUUCUGCAUUGCCUUUCACUUGUCGGCUGUUCCCUUGCCCUCUCCCUGUAAAGCCCUCUGUAAUCUAAUGGGCUUUGUAUUUGCGUAGAAGUUAUUUUCUUAAGUAAUAUUCUGAAUUUCAGACCCACAGUAAUGAAAAUUUGGAACUUGCAUAAACUGUUCCAAUUCUGAAAGUAUGCACUAAACAUAUAAAUAUGCUCAAAUGUGUUUCUUGUCCUCUUCCGUCCCCCUCCUCCUCACUACCACCCCGACCCUCCCCCAAACAACAAAACACAAUCCAUCACAGGCUUGAUUGCUUCAAAAUGGAACAGGUCCUUUCAAAAGGAAGAUUCUGCAUGUUCUAUUACAGAGCCUGCCAGUAAUCGAAGUAAUUUUUUCCUGCAGAUUCUCAAUUUGGUUUUCAGUUUAUAGAAUCUGUGAUAGCAGUUGACUUAUGUUGAAUAGAUUUCUCCUUUCUCUCUGUCUCCAGUUGUCUCAACAUGUGUCCUCUCAGCCUGCAAAGCAGUCUGGAAUUUCAAACUGUAAGUGGUUAGCCAGCUUUGUUUCUUUUGGAGGACGAGAGAACAUUGAGACAUUGGUAGUUCCUGAAUUCUAAUCAUGAGAGUCUGUCAUUGAUCCAUUGUUUACAAAUAUUGGCACAUUUUAAAACCCGACUUACUUUGUCAUUUUUAAAUGAAACUACAUUAAAAUGACCAAUGUGUUGUGAGUUUUUUUCAAAGUAUAUUGUUUUUAAUUUAGCUUCCAUGGGGGCAGCUCCAGCUUAACUUGUGAAUGCUGUUGGAUUCUGACUUCAUCCAAUUUUAAGCAAAUCAAAAAUGUAGAAAUGUCAAAGAUCUGGCAGUUAAAAGACUGUAGAAUGAGGAAAUGAUUGGUCAUUAUAUUAGUGUGCUCAGGCCAGGGCAUGUGGAAGUCACCAAAGUAAAGGGCUAACCUUCUCUCCACCCUCUGCAUCUCCAUAUCCAAGCAUACAGAUCCCUUUGGAAAAGUUUCAAAAGUUUUUUUCAGUCUGCACUGUUAGGAACUUUUUUUAUGUAGGUAAUGUUGAGUUCUUGCUGUUUAAAAAAAAUGCAAAUAGUUUCUCUCAAAAAAUAUAGAAAGAGGAUCAUCUAAAAAACAGAAGAUGGCAGCACAUAUUUAAGAUGAAUUUUUAAGCUGCACUAUUUGACAGGCCUGCCAUAAAGGGCAGCCCUACUUUGUUAUACAGUAUGUAGGAAUAUAAAUAUUACUGAUUACCUUUAAAAGGUGCAUUCUAUUUUUAAUAAAAUAUAAGUAAUCACUGAAAUUGAAAAAAGAUAUAUAUAUAUAUAAAAAUAUAGGUUAACCUAUACCCUUUAAAAGCAAGCAUCAAAUUGACUGUCAAUGCCAGUGCAGUCUUCCCUUGAGUAGUGAAACAGAAAUGCAGCACUCUGGUUGAAGGACAGCAGUGGUAUCAAAGGCAAGUGCAUGUACCUGAUUAUAGACCAGCAAAGUUUCAAGACCUGUCACUGAGACCCACCUGCCUCAGUUGGGAAAUUUCAGACAUUUCACAAAUAGGCAACCAAGUGGAUUAGCAUUGAUGUUGAAAGGAAGAAAGGGACGACAUUCAGUCAGUUGCCAAGCCAUGACUACACACGUGGCAGCGAAUGGGCCAUCAAGUAGGAAAGCAACAGGGAGAAAAUUAUAAUUUCAGACUUCUGAGUCACUGAAGAUUUAUGGUCUGGGAGAGACAAUCUGCACAGAAACCAUUUAAAUAAUGGCUUGAGUGCGGACUUGGAGAGAGGCUCCAGAUGUUCAUUUUCACAGAACAAUGAAGUAAAUUUUAAAGGAAGCAUUUGUUAUAUUUGCCAUUAACAAUCAGCAGAAUCACUACAUUAGUGGUUCUUGCUGCUUUUGAAUAGCACACCUUUACAAACUGCAAGGGGGUUGCUGGAGAAGGAAUGUUUGUGCUGUGCUUAAACUCAAAGUUGGGUACACUUCAAACAAUGAUUCACUUUGCAGUGCAAUUGGUAAAAGCUGGGAUCUAACCCCAUUGACUGGAGUGGGACAGGCCCCAGUCUUGUCAUGACCUCUUUGUACUUGAGUUGAAUCUUUCAGAAGGUAUUAGUUUGAUUCCUUUGUUCCAAAAAUCCUGAUGAAUAACUUUUGUUUGUAUCCUGUUGACCUGUUGUAUAUUUAAAUUUUUUUCAAAAUCUUUAUUGCUUGGAAGUAAAUAAUUUUAGUUUCGAGUCAGCAGCACUCACUUUGUCUUCAAGAAGUGCUCGAGCCCACCAGGGGUUUGUGUUGUGACGACAGAGGGCUUGCAAACCCUCUGAGGAAUUUCUUUUAUUUUUUUCAUUUAUUGCAAUUUUUAAAAAGUUUGUGUCUAUUUCUGACAGCCAUGGUGCAGCGUCUUGUUAAAAACCAAACCAGUGUUUUUUUAAAUUCCAAUCUGAUUUUCAUAAGUGAAAUACUUGACACAAUUGUUUUCUUUAUGAGGCUUCUUGGAACAGGAGUCUAAAACCCUUUGGAAUUAGCUUAUUUCUCCUUGUAUACACUGCCUUUUGUCUUAAUGUGAUAGCUCUCUGUUCUGCAGUAAAGGGGACACUUUGGCAGUUUCUGAACACAGGCUACAAGCAGGAGGAAGAUCAACCUCUUUCUAACAACAAAAGCAGUACUGGCUUUUGUGGCACAUUUUAAACAAAAAAAAAUAAAAAGUGUUGUGGUGUUCAUGUGCUUAAUUGUAAAUAUAUUGUUUGUCUUUGAAAUUGUCCUUUUAUUUUCUGGGGUGGGAAGGGGGACGGGGAGAGAACCAGGGUUUUAUUCUAUAAAGGAAUACAGAGUAUUUUGAUAUUGUGCAUUCCAAGGGUGAUGUGUAUAUAUCUAUGAUGUAUAUAGUGAUGAAAUCAUUAUCAUUUUGUGCAACACCAGCUGUUCUCUGUACUGCUGUUCUACAGUCAGUGUUUCAGUGUUCGUAUUUUUUUGUUACUGCACGUUUUAUUAAUCCUAGCUAAAACAGAAAUGCACAACUAUCCUUUGUAUGAGUUUACUGCUGUAAAUUACUACCAAAUGUCAUUAGUCGUUGCUGCCAGUCGUGAUAUGCAUGGAUGGCACUUAUAAUAAAUGCUGUAGCUUCAUUGAUGCGUUAAGGGCUUCUCUUUUAAUGA